UUUUGGCUCCGUGUGGGGAGAGAGGGGUAAAUUCUUUAUUUGUUCUUGUCCUUUCCACCCUUCUUUUCUUUGUCUUCUUUGCCUUUGGCAUCUUGUCCGUGUGGUUUCAGAGCAUCAGCGCAUUAUGGGAUUGGAAGGCGUGUCGCAGGCUCAGGCCGUCACGGUGAGUUUGAAGGAGUUGAUUGACGGCUCUGUCUCUUUCGAAACCCUGGCCGAGGCUUUUGGUCCGUCUUCUCUCGGUAUCAUCGUCGUGAAGGAUCUCGACGCCGAAUUCCAGCGUCUUCGCGCGCAGGUCCUUUCCAAUGCCUCGUAUCUCGCCGCCCUGUCCAACGAUGAACUAGAAUCCCUCACCAGCCCCGAAGCCAACUACCUCGUCGGCUGGUCCUGCGGCAAAGAGACCCUCCGGUCCGGCCACUUCGACACCCUCAAGGGCUCCUACUACGUCAACUGCGCCUUCUACCAGAACCCCGACCUCCAGGGCGCCCCCGCCGACGGCUUCCCCGAUCUUCCCGGCUACACGGCCCCGAACAUCUGGCCCCCGGCGGACCGUCUGCCCAUCUUCCGCCGCAGCCUCGAGGACCUCUGCACGCUGAUCAUCGACACCGCAGCCCUGGUCGCGCGCGCCUGCGAUCGCUACGCCAGCGCCAACAUCCCCGGCUACAAGACCGGCUACCUUGAGCACGUCGUCCGCACCAGCCUCACCACCAAGGCCCGCCUCCUGCACUACUUCCCCUCCAACUCCGCCGCCGACUCCGACUCCAACGACGACGACUGGUGCGCCACCCACCUCGACCACGGCUGUCUCACCGGCCUCACCUCCGCCAUGUUCGUCGACGAAGCCGCCUCCCCUCCCUCCCCUACCAACUCUGACACCCCCCUCCCGGAACUCCCGCAAUCCCCCGACCCCCAAGCCGGCCUCUACAUCCAGUCCCGCACCGGCGAAGUCGUCAAGGUCAACAUCCCGCGCGACUGUCUGGCCUUCCAGACCGGUGAGGCGCUGCAGCUGAUCACGCAGGGCAAGUUCCGCGCUGUGCCGCAUUUCGUGAAGGGCGCGAGGCCGCCGUCCGGGGAGGCGCGGAUUGCGCGCAAUACGUUGGCGGUGUUCACGCAGCCGAAUUUGAAGGAGGAGGUCGAGAGCGGGAAGUCGUUUGGGGAGUUCUCUAGGGAGGUUAUGAGGAAGACGUAUUGAUUUUUCUUUCUCUUGCCGUUCCUCGGUGAUGUAUUUAUUUUUAUCGGUCUAUCUAUGCGUAUAUUGCUAGGGGGUGUUGUUUCUAUUGUUUUCGUGGAUUUUAACUCGGUUUGAUUUAGUGUCUAGUAGGUAGUAGGUAGUAGUAGGGUUUGAUGAAGUACACGAGAGAAUGGGGAAAGAGAAGUAACCGCCAUCACUAGCUGAGACUGAUAUCAAAACUCCAUUGAUGCUAAACCCGAAAAAAAGAAAAGAACAUAAAAGCCAAUAGCUAAAGUAUAAAAAAGCAGGAUUGAGAAAAAAGGCAAAGAGAAAGAAAUAAGGGUAUCUGUAUUUAAAAUGCUCCACGAAUUAAAU